AUGGCGGCCGCCCGGCCCUCGCCAGCCGUGGGCUCACAAGGGCCCAUCGUCACUCGCCGCGUCGGAGGCAACACUGGCCCCAAGGCGUUGCAACCUUCCACUUCCAAUGGCACUGCCAACUCGACAUCUUCACGCCUGAAGCCGACGAUUCGUCAGACGAUUGAAUCAAUCACCAGCACGGGUAGCCAAGCUGAGUACUUCAGACCGGAGCAAACUAUUAUCUUGUUUGAUUGGGAUGACACACUGUGCCCAUCAAAUUGGAUUCGAGAGAACCGGCCAGCGCUCAGCUUCUUCAAGCCAUGCCCUGCUGACGAGAAGUACCAGAGACCCCUGAGAGAGCUGCAGAAGCAUGUGGAGGCAACUCUGAAACUUGCCAUGAAGAUGGGCAAGGUCAUCAUUGUGACCAAUGCCAUGGAGCCUUGGGUGGAGACAUCUUGCAGGAACUUCUUGCCUGCUUUGAUGCCGAUCGUGUCGCAGGUGCAGGUCAUUUAUGCCAGAUCAGUUUUCGAUACUAUGACAUGCGAAGCUGCAAAGAAGCAGGCACGUGGUUCGUCACCUGGCCGAGCCCUGCCUGGUUUGUACGCUGCAAACGGCAUGAACAAGUUGGGUGGCUCCAGCCAGCGCAUGGCCGCAGCUCCCGUGGACGAAAUGGCCCCACAAAGAUGGAAGGAGAUCGCUUUCGAGCAAGAGAUCAGUGGCUUCUACUCUCGGUAUGCUCACCAGAGCUGGAAGAACAUCAUCUCCAUUGGUGAUUCGAUUUUUGAGCGUGAUGCUGUCCGACGAGUGGUGAUCAAUCGGCCGACCGCCAACAGAAAGUGUCGAACAAAAACGGCCAAAUUGUUAGAUGAACCAGAAAUUGAUGAGUUGGUUGCCCAGGUGCGUGUCAUUCACGACGCUCUGGGGUUGAUGGUGCAGUACGAUGGCAACCUCGACAUUGAGAUUGAUGAGGAAGACCUCAAACUGGAUCUCUCCCUCGCGGAGAAGAUCAUGGACAGGUGA